AUGGAAUUUGUUUCAGUGAGAAAUUGUCAGAUAAAUGUGAUAGGAAUUUCAUAUCUCUUUAUGAUUAAGUAGAUGAUAGAUUUCAUUAUUAUGUUUAGAAACUUGAUGGAAUUUUGA